AACUACGAUGCGAACACGUUUUCGGUUGGGUGAGAGGUUAUUCACAGGUUUCCCCAGUUUAACAGCUUGGAUGUGAUGUGGAUAGUAGCUGUUUGGAUGCGUUUGUGCCCAACGACACACUCGCACAGUGCUGUAGGUAGGCGGAGACCUGAGGAGCCACAUUCAUUCACCAGCCCUUUAGUACAAGAUGGCUGUUCUCUAGACGGACAAGUGUAUCACAUUCAACAGGAUUAAAGGGGACAAACACGUCUCGUUGGACAGUAGAGCACCCUGGAUCUGGACAGCUGCUUUUUGAAGAAAAUCGCUCGAGGGGCGAGUUCGGCUCCGUGGACAUGGACACGACAGGCUCCCUGAAGACGACAGUCAUGGCCUCCCAGAGCAUCUUCAGCCAUGUGGAGGAGGAGAACCUGCCAGCCCUGCGGGCCUACCUGGACAAGCAUCGCGAGGUGGACAGCAGGAGCGAAAAUGGGCAGACUCCUCUGAUGGUGGCAGCUGAGCAGGGCAGUCUGGAGAUAGUGCAGGAGCUUGUUAAAAGAGGAGCCAACGUUAACCUGGAUGAUGUGGAUUGCUGGACUGCCCUGAUUUCUUCUGCCAAGGAGGGCCACGUUGAAGUGGUGAAGGAGCUGUUGGCCAACAAUGCAAAUCUGGAGCACAAAGACAUGGGCGGCUGGACUGCUCUUAUGUGGGCGGCCUAUAAGGGCCGUGCGGAGGUCGCCCGUCUGUUGCUGGAGAAGGGCGCAAACCCCAGCAUCACCGGACAGUACAGUGUAUACCCCAUCAUUUGGGCAGCUGGUAGAGGGCACGCAGAGAUUGUCAAACUGCUGCUACAACACGGGGCUAAAGUCAACUGCUCUGAUAAGUAUGGCACCACAGCACUGAUCUGGGCGGCCAGGAGAGGCCACUAUGACUGUGUGCUUCACCUUCUGGAGAACGGCGCCAACGUGGACCAGGAGGGGGCGAACUCGAUGACGGCGCUGAUUGUGGCGGUGCGCGGUGGCUACAGCAGGGUGGUUAAGGAGCUACUGAAGAGGAACCCCAACGUCAACAUGACAGACAAGGACGGCAACACGGCGCUGAUGAUCGCCGCCAUGGAGGGCCACGCGGAGGUGGUGCAGGACCUGCUGGACGCCGACGCCUACGUCAACAUCCCAGACCGGAGUGGAGACACGGUUCUGAUUGCAGCAGUGAGGGGAGGCCAUGUGGAGAUCGUGCGAGCUCUGCUACAUAAAUACGCAGAUAUUGACGUCAGAGGCCAGGACAGCAAGACUGCCCUCUACUGGGCAGUAGAAAAAGGCAACUCCAUCAUGGUAAGAGAUAUCCUGCAGUGUAACCCAGACACAGAGGCCUGCACCAAGGAGGGGGAGACUCCACUUAUUAAAGCUACCAAGAUGAGGAACAUGGAGAUCGUUGAGCUUCUUCUCGACAAAGGAGCGAAGGUGUCUGCUGUGGACAGGAAAGGAGACACGGCCCUGCACAUCGCCAUCCGGGGGCGGAGCAGGAAGCUGGCUGAGCUGCUUCUGCGGAAUCCCAAAGACGGCCGCCUGCUCUACAAACCCAACAAGCAGGGCGAGACGCCGUACAACAUCGACUGCACGCACCAGAAGAGCAUCCUCACCCAGAUCUUCGGAGCCAAGCACCUGUCGCCUUCGGAGUGUGACGGGGACAUGCUGGGUUACGACCUGUACAGCAGCGCGCUGGCCGACAUCCUGAGCGAGCCCACCAUGCAGCCACCCAUCUGCGUGGGCCUCUACGCCCAGUGGGGCAGCGGCAAGUCCUUCUUGCUCAAGAAGCUGGAGGACGAGAUGAAGACCUUCGCUGGCCAGCAGGUGGAGCCGUUGCUACAGUUCUCCUGGCUGAUGGUGGCGCUGACGCUGCUCAUGUGCGGCUCCGUAGCCAUGAUCCUGGGUUUCACCGUCGACCCGCGGCUGGCCAGCGCCGUGGCCCUGAGCUUGCUCGCUCUGCUCUAUGUCUUCUUUGUGCUGGUGUACUUUGGCGGGCGGAAAGAGGGCGAGAGCUGGAGUUGGGCGUGGCUCCUGAGCACCCGGCUGGCACGCCACAUCGGCUACCUGGAGCUGCUGCUCAAGCUCGCGUUCGUGAACCCCCCGGAGCUUCCCGAGCAGACCACCAAGGCCCUGCCCGUCAGGUUCCUGUUCACCGACUACAACCGCCUGUCGAGCGUGGGCGGGGAGACUUCCAUGGCGGAGAUGAUUGCCACUCUGUCAGACGCGUGCGAGAAAGAGUUUGGCUUCAUGGCCACCAGACUCUUCAGGGUCUUCAAAAACGAUGAGACGCAAGGGAAGAAGUGGAAGAAGACUUGCUGCGUCCCGUCCUUCGUGCUGUUCGGCCUAACGCUGGCGUGUCUUGCCACCGGCAUGACCCUGCUGGCCAUCUUCAAGGUGGAGGCGGCCAACGCCACGGUCAACGGCGUAUUGGUGACCAUGGCCAGCGUGGUGGGCUUGGCCCUGCUGCUCAACUGCAGGACGUGGUGGCAGGUGGGCGACUCGGUGCUGCGCUCGCAGAGGAAGCGGCUGCAUGCCGCUGCCAACAGCAUGCACAGGCUGAAGAGCGAGGGAUUCAUGAAGGUGCUGAAGUGUGAAGUAGAGCUGAUGGCGAAGCUGGCGAAGACCAUUGACGGCUUCACUCAGAAUCAGACGCGCCUGGUCGUCAUCAUCGAUGGCCUGGACUCCUGCGAGCAGGACAGAGUAUUGCAGAUGCUGGAUACGGUGAGGGUGCUCUUCUCCAAGGGCCCCUUCAUCUCCAUCUUCGCCAGCGACCCUCACAUCAUCAUCAAGGCCAUCAACCAGAACCUGAACAGCGUGCUGCGGGACUCCAACAUCAACGGGCACGACUACAUGCGCAACAUCGUGCACCUGCCCGUCUUUCUCAACAGCCGCGGCCUCAGCACGGCCAAGAAGCUCUGCAUGGCCGCGCCUGCCAACUGCGACCUGCUCGCCACCGAGGCAUGGCACGAGGACUUGGACAGAAAGUUCCAGUCUCAGAACAGUCUCGGGGAGCAGGCCAAGCAGGGCAGCAAGACAGCUCUGAACCGGAGGGACACGUACCGGCGACGGCAGAUGCAGCGCACCGUCACGCGUCAGAUGUCCUUUGACCUGACCAAGCUGCUGGCCACCGAGGACUGGUUCAGCGACAUCAGUCCUCAGACCAUGAGGAGACUGCUCAACAUCGUCUCAGUCACAGGGCGCCUCCUCCGAGCCAAUCAGAUCACCUUCAACUGGGACCGGCUGGCGUUGUGGAUCAACCUGACAGAGGAGUGGCCCUACCGCACCUCCUGGCUCCUCCUCUUCCUGGAGGAGAACGACAUCGUCUCAGACCAGGUCACCCUCAAGACUGUCUACGAGAGGAUUUCGAAAAACAUUCCCACCACCAAAGACGUGGAGCCCUUGCUGGAGAUUGAUGGUGACAUUCGCAGCUUUGAGGUGUUCCUGUCCUCUCGAACGCCUGUGCUCACGGCCCAAGACGUGGACAUGUUCCUGCCCUGCACAGUCAACCUGGACCCCAAACUCCGCGAGAUCAUUGCUGAUGUGCGUGAUGUGCGCGAGCAGAUGCACAUCGGAGGAGUGAGCUAUCCCACGUUGCCCCUGCAGGAGGCGCCGGUGCGUCCGCCGUCUGUGUUCGGCCAGGCCCCCGCCGCCUGCUCACCUGCGGCUUCCUUCGCUGUGGGGGGCCUGCUCCCCACGCAACCUCCCAGCAGCUAUUUCAGCGGCCUAACCGGGCCACAGCACCCCUUCUACAACCGGCCUUAUUUCCCUCAUCAUGUUUAUCACCUGCCCCGACAUUACCCCGGCAACUCCCUCCAUGCCCCUUCCCACCCACCCUCCAAAUUGGCCUUCUCUAAGGACCUCAGCUCUGGACUAGGUGUUAUCAGAGAAGAUGUCUCGGAGGGUUCCCCCUCUCUGGUACCCCAAGAGUGUGACACUCUGCGUGCGUGUGGAUCUGGUUCUACAGUGCCUUCUGGGAUCCUCAGCUCUCUCAGUACCGACAGCGUGUGUGAGCGACUCAAACAGAUCGAGGGCCUGGACGCCAGCAUGCUGAAGCAGUACACCAACACCAUCAAAAAGGCGAACAUCAAUGGCCGGGUCUUGUGCCAGUGCAACCUGGAGGAGCUCAGGACGGAGAUGAACAUGAACUUCGGAGACUGGCACCUGUUCAAGGCCACGGUGCUGGAGCAGCGGCAGGCAGAGAGCCAGGCCCUGCAGGACGAGUGCGGGGGAGGCGAGACGCGGGGCGCCCCCGCCUCCCUCCCAGCCGCUCCCCCCUGCGACGGAGCCCUGCACUACAACCUCAACCUCAGCUUCGAAGAGCUCAGCACGGCCGGCCUGGAUGAGCCCAGCAGGCAGGCCAGCAACCACUGGCCGGCUGCGAGUCACAAGACUUCCAGCAUGUCCAGCCUGAACUCUCAGGAGUCCUCCAACGACAUCAGCAAGCUGACAGACAGGCAGCAAGCAGAGUACCACAGCGCCUACCAGGACUACAUCUCGCAGAUGGCCCAGCUGGAAGCGCCUGGCCCCAGAGCCGAGAGAACAGCCCAGCCCCUGCCGGCCUAUCUCACCUCGGCCAGCUCCGAAGACGGGGCCAAGGAGGGCGAGCAGGAAGGUCGCAAGCCCAAGAGAAGCCCCAAACCCGGGGACGUCAUGGCAGAGCAUGCGGCCGGCCUGGACGUGCUUCACCCCAUCACUGAGGAGGACGAGAAGUCUGACAGCGGGGGCGCUGCACCACAGUACCGCAGAGUGCUCAGUGAGGAGGACGAGUCCGGGCCGGAGGACACAGACGCCACCCCGCUGCUGUGGGAGCUGCAGCGGAGGCAAGCGUGGCCAGCGGGCGGCCAGCGACUCGUCCCCGCAGCGACAGCGGUGAAGGGCUUCGCUCUGGCCAUGGCGCUGGACAAGAAGGAGUCAUCGGACUCUGGCAUGAGGUCCAGCAGCAGCUCGUCUGACCCCUCCCUGCAGGACGAGGAGAGUGAGUGGGCCCAGGAGGAGGAGGAGACGCAUCUUAUUGAGCUGGACCUGGAUAGCCCGGUGCCCAAGUGCCUGCCCCCGCGGAGCCUGAGCCAAGGCCUGCAGGAGGAUGCGGCCGCCGCCCGCAUGUCCAUCUGCUCGGAAGCGCCGUCCGAGGGAAGCCUGCCGGCCAGCAGCCCCGAGGAGAACUGGCCCACCUCGGCCGUCACCAACCUCAACCGCGCAGCCAGCAACGCGGCACAGGCCACCAACAAUAACAACGGCGACGAGGGCGCCCCCCCCGACAGCACACCGCUCAUCAUUGGCCCGGGCUCCAGGACUGAUGCAGCCAACCAGAACCUGCUCGCGGUUCACGUGAAGAUGAGAGCAUCAGCCAGGGGGGAUGCCGACCGGGGCGAAGAGAGGGAGAGUGUGCUCUGAACAGCUGCUUCUCCGCACACACCAUGCUCCUCAGGGAGGGUGAGAACCGGAAUAAAUUCGGUCUGUUACAAGUAAAAGAGUUUGGGGUACAUUAUGUUCACGUGUUCGCGAUGGUUUAACAAACCAAAAACGAUUCAGGGUGGAAAUGUUACCUUUUUAAGUCAUGAAUUUAAAUAUUAAGCUUCAUUUCAGCUAAACCCACUAUCAGGUACUGACACAAAGGAAAAGGAUUGUGGCUGUUUAUUUUGAUGUUACACAUGGUACCUGAAAUUGACAUUGCCUACACAUCUCAUGGUUUCAAAGACAUGGCUAUAGAGAGAACUGAGUCAUGUGGUCCCUGGGUUCACUGAGAAUUAAACAAGGGUCACGCUACUGAGUGGCUCAGUCCAAAAUCAUAUUAAAUAUUUUGAUUAAAGGGAAUCUCUUGGAGUUUUCUGAAAACCAAAAGAACAUGGACUACUUUCCAUUUGUAGUAGUUAGGUGCUAGAAAGGUUUCAAAUAGGCAGUAUCAUCUGAGAUCGUGGUGGCUUAGGUUAAAUGUUCUGGAAUUUUUGUGGUCAAUUUGCAACAGGCUAGCUCCACUAUAUCUAGUGGUGUAUAAGUGCUAGGCUGUUAUCACGUAGAGGACAUAAACUUGUUUGUUGUGGUGGUGUGUGUAUGGUGACCUAUACCUUGUGAUUCUUCUGUGCACUGAAGGAUGGAGCUUUACCGUUUACUAUUUAUUAAUCGUUGGUGAAACUGUGGAGAUCAGUGUUUAGGUUCAGGAAAUACGAAGCCGCUUCUGUAUGAAUCUUGUAUACGCUGUAUGUGAAGAGCAGUCGACAUUUCCUCAAAAUGCAUGACCAUGUUUAAGGAAGUAAUAAACAUUUCGAACAGGUU